UGAUACCAUACUCCCCCUUCAGUUCCUGUAACGUGUGGGAACAACUAUUGCAGUAUGAGCUCAAAUUCAGAGCCUCCUACCUCAACACAGGGGCACGAUGGCAAGGAGGAGCAGGAGAUGCUCGACUUUGCUGCCCGCCACGACAAUAAGCUCCAUCCGCUUGUCAAUGAGCAGAUGGCCAACGAUGUCUACACAGUCCUCACUGCAUUUCGCUGUAUAAAUGCCCUCUGUGUCUGGACAUUCUUUCAACCCGAUGAAUAUUUCCAAUCUUUAGAACCCGCAUGGCAAAUGGCAUUCGGCCCUGAGAGCGGAGCGUGGAUCACGUGGGAAUGGCAACAUCAGCUCCGCUCAUCAUUACACCCAGCACUAUUUGCUGUCAUCUAUUAUGUCGUCAAUAAGCCUAUGGAGUUUCUGGGAUUCUUCCCUCAGUUCCGGGCCCUGAUCUUGUCGGUGCUACCAAAUAUUGUACAAGCACUCAUUGCUGGCGUUGGCAACUACUUCACCUGGCAACUGGCACAGAGGAUGUAUGGAGUAGGAAGCCAUACCGCCUGGACCACUCUCUUGAUGAUGCUUUUCAGUCCCUGGGAGUGGUUCUGUUCGACGAGGACAUUCUCAAAUUGUCUUGAGACAACAAUGACUAUUACUGCGUUAUAUUUCUGGCCAUGGCAGAUGACAAUUGACGCUGCCCCACCUUCGAUUACUGUAUCGAACAAGAGUCAGGCCGCUCCUACUCCUACCAAGGACUCUCCAGGCAUUUUCCAGACCCCUGGAUCGAUUAAACAUCUGCGUAUCUCCCUACUUCUCGCCAUUGGAGCCUGUAUCCUCCGGCCCACCAACCUCUUGAUAUGGUUCUGCAUCCUCAUGCCAACGCUCACCCGCCUCCUAUCCUCAACCUCACCCAACUCCCGCGUCCCGUUCUCAGACUAUCUAAUCCUGCUCCGUGAAGGACUCCUCUGCGGUUCAUUCGUACUUCUUGUCACUGCCGUAUCAGACCGCCUGUACUUCGGCGAAUGGACCUUCCCACCUUACCAGUGGCUGUAUUUUAACGUAUCUCAAGAUCUUGCCGUCUUCUACGGCCGCAACGAUUGGCACUACUACCUCACCCAAGGCCUACCUCUCCUCCUCACAACCUACCUCCCCUUUGCCCUUGUAGGGCUAUGGGAGUCGACCUCUGGGCACGGUCUCCGGUUCCUCUUCGCCACAGUAAUAUUUACGAUGAUCGGGAGCCUAUCCCUGAUCUCACAUAAAGAGGUCCGAUUUAUCUAUCCUCUACUGCCUCUGCUGCAUCUCAUCACCGCACCCACCCUCGCCUCCUUCUUCUACACCACCACCACCACCGUCCACCCACCAGCCUCCCCCUCCACGUCCAAAACCUCCACCAUCAUCGUCGCCCGGCGCAAGCUCCUCCUCGGGCUCAUGCUCAUUCUCAACCUCGGCAUCAGCGGCUACACAACCUUCUACCAGCAAAGCGGCGUCAUCUCGGCGACCAAAUUCCUGCGUUCCGAGUACGAAGCUCUCGCGCUCGACAGCCGCGGCGUCCCGCUCUCGUCGCCCGACGCCAACAAGUACGAGUUCGAGGGCGCCCCCAAGAUCACCGACUUCGACGACCGCGAGACCUUCGCCGCCUUCCUGAUGCCAUGCCACUCGACGCCCUGGCGCUCACAGCUCAUCUACCCGGGUCUGAAAGCGUGGGCGCUGACAUGCGAGCCGCCGCUCGGCAUGGCCAAGGACUCGGAGGAGCGCGCGCGCUACCGCGACGAGGCGGAUCGCUUCUAUGAUGACCCCGUGGGCUUCUUGAAGAGGGAGGUUAAUACGAAGGAGCGUCCGUGGCCGCGCUACGUGGUGGGCUUUGAGGGCGUGGAAGACGUGUUGAGAGAGUACUAUGAGUCGGAGAUGAAGGGGUUCAAGGUCAGGGAGAGGUGGAGGGCGGCGAAUAGCCAUUGGCAUGAUGAUUGGAGACGCAAGGGGGAUGUCGUGGUCUGGGAAUUUGUGGAUGGGAGUAAGAUGGAGGAGUCGGAAUAAGGUAUAGGUAGUUUUUUUCGCAAUGCAAUGCAGUGUACAAUGUAAUGUACUAGUAGUAAUAUUUCGUUAGAUCAGACAUCUCUCGGCUUGUGGUACGUUUCAAUUCAUCAUGGUCUCGAGAAAUUCCCGCCAUUCAUAAGCAGUCAGUCAAUUCCUGAAAUAUUUUGUGUUUUAUUUUUCUAUGCCAAUUUUUGUGGUAAGAGACAAAAAAUUCCUCGUAUCCAAUAACUUUUACUUGAUUCGGAACUAAAGAAGA